AUGACCAACACUCCGACUCCGAGUGGGUCUGUCGAUGCUACCAAGGUUCAACCCAUCCAGAGGGUUAGUGACGAUGAUUUGUACAGACAUUCAUCGCAGUAUAGAAUGUGGUCGUUUACUCCAGAACAACUUGCUCAGAAGCGAGUUGAAAUCAACGCAAGAGCCGCUACGGUUCUUGAAACAAGAGUUCGCAGUUUCCUAGAACAAAAUCCCGAUUUGGGCAGCGACGAAGUCGCAGCCAUUACAGAAAAGGCUGUCCCGGUCACUGCAGAUGAAGAAGUCUUACUAGUGAAUUAUUUUGCCCGUAUGCUUCUUACGUUCGCUACUAAGAUGAAUUUACCAACCGAAGUGGCUGCUACGGCGGUGACAUUCUUCAGAAGGUUUUAUUUGAACAACUCAGUCAUGGACAUAGUUCCAAAGGAGAUUUUCUACACGACGUUGUUCUUUGCAUGCAAAUCCGAGAACUUUUUCAUUGGGAUCGAUUCGUUUGCCAAGAAGACUAAAUCCAAGAACGAGGACGUUCUCAAGUAUGAGUUCCGUCUUUUAGAGAGUUUGCAGUUUACGCUUAUGAAUCACCAUCCGUUCAAAGCUUUGCAUGGAUUCUUUCUCGACAUUCAAAACAUUUUGCAGGGGAAAGUCGACUUGAAUUACAUGGGUCAGGUAUAUACCAAUUGCAAGAAAACCAUAAUGGAGGCGAUUUUGACCGACGUGGUAUAUUUCUACAGUCCUCCGCAAAUCACGCUUGCAGCGCUUUUGAAGGAAGACGAAGCUCUCGCGAUGAGAUACUUGGAUCUUAAAUUCGCUAACGAGGACUCACCUGGUGUAUUACAUCUCGAAACUCUUCGAACUGUCAUUGUUGCGUGUAAGGAUACCAUGUCAGCUAACGCGGUACCAUCGAAAGAGCAGGCUACACGCACUGUAGCUAAAAUACAUUUUGGUCAAAACCCAUUGUCUGUGGUGGAGCGGAUGCGUAGACAAAGAGAAAGCGCUUCACCACCAUAA